AGUAAUGUCUCGACGCGUGGAAUUCGAUUUAUCCACUGAAGAUCACUCUGAUCGUCGUCGCACCAACACCUUUUCUUCCGAUGAGGAUGGAGUUCCAAAUGAGGUCGCCGACUACCUGGUCUACUUUUCCCGCAUGGUUGACGAACAAAAUGUGCCGGAAAUUUUGACUCUCUACGAUCAAGCUUUUCCAGAUCUCACCGAGAGAUUCUUCCGUGAUCGCAUGUGGCCCGAUGAGAAUGUUGUCGAAAGAAUUAUUAUACAGUAUUGAAAUAGUUAAAAUCAGUUCCUAAAGUGCUAAAAUAUCACAGUAAUAGUUUCCAAAACUGUUCAAAAUCACUUUAAAAGUACACACCUUGAACUAAUUGGCAAUUUACCAAAUUUUGGCAAAAUGUCAAAACUUUGGCAGAAUGCCAAAACUUAAAACAUAAUUUUUCCACGGUAUGGAAAUAGUUGAAAUCGGUUUCUCAAGUGCUCAAAUAUUAUAGUAAAAGUUUCCAAAACUGCUCGAAAUCACUUUGAAAAUAUACAUUUUCGAUGAUUUGGCAAUUUACCAAAUUUUGGCAAAAUGCCAAAACUUCGACAAUUUGCCACAGUCUCUCGAGAUUCUGAGCAACCACGACCAUUUACGCAAUUAUAUAUUCGUUCUAUGGAAAAAUUAUUUUUAAAUUCUUGUGAUUAUCACCGUCACCUCUUAUUCGGCCUUCACGUAAUCUCAGAAGAACUCACAAUAUUUUUAAUUUUUAUGGAUUUUAUUAUACACGUCUCUACAACUCACAUUUCUUCUCAUUUCUCACUUUAGAAGAGAACUAGCCUAGUGCUAAUUUUGUUUAAUAGAAGAUGUGCUCACGAGACGAUGUAAUUAUUGGACAAGGUGAUAUUGAAGAGAAGAAUUCAAUGCGAUCAAUUCACGAGUAUGGCUCACUGGAGAUAGAAGUAGAGUUUAAGAAAAUUAAUUUACAAAUGUAAUAGCCACGGUCUCUCUCAAUUUUAUCUAUUUCAAUUGAGAGAGUCUAUCACAUUAUUUGAUUUAGUUUUUUUGAAAUUAAGAGACCGUUUUUCUAUAUUAUUUUUUAGAACCUGUUCAAUCAUCAACCAACACGGAGACAAUUUUUGUUGGAUAUGCUCAAUGUUAAAUGGAACGAACGUGCUGUCAUAGUGUCUCCGAGUGUAUCGAUGAGUCCUGAGUCUGACACUUUGGCUCAAUCUGAGUCUUCUGUCGGGAUAUUCAAUAGCAGUUCGUCAUGUUGGUUAUCCUGCAUUGUGCAACUAUUGAUCCGUGUACCUCAACUUGAAUCGGUGUUGCUAAAUUUCACUUCAAUGGAAUAUCUUAACUACGCACUUCAAUACAACAAGAAGAAUCUGAAGCAUGCUGAGCUUCUAUACACCAUAGUUGGAACAUUCCGCGAACUGAAAUCUGCGAGGUCAACUUCAAGACCAAUUGAGGUUAUUGCGUUGUUACAGGUUCUGGAAAAAAUGUCCGCCUCUCCAAUCAUCGACCACCAGCAAGAUGUUUGUGAACUAUUCACAACUAUUAGUCAAUGGUUGGAAAUUGCUAUAGAUGAUGCAAUGGAUUAUCAUGUGAAUCACGAGAACAAUCACAGUGAAGAGGAAAGACAGUUGUAUAUCAAUCAAAAGAAGAUGUUCGAUCGCAUCUUCCCUUCAUUCAGACACAAUGACUCGUUAGGAGUGACUGUGAAUGCUCAAGUUGGAAAUUUUCGUGCUUCAGUGGAACAUUUUUUUGAGCAUUUCACGUCGAAUUCAGUUGAUAUGGUGUUCGUGCAAUUUGAUCGAGCAAUGGAAGACAGAACCAAAUCGAACGAGAGGAUGGAAUUCCCCAAAAGUUUCCAACCAAAGUUUCCAAAAGUUUCGAACCAAAAAGUUUCCAACCAAAGUUUCCAAAAGUUUCGAACCAAAAAGUUUCCAACCCAACCAAAUGCCAAUUCAAGUUGUUAUUACAAGUUGACUGGACUCAUCGUUCAUGUUGGUUCCUCAGCUAAAGAAGGCCACUUCUACAGUUUUGUUCUUCAAAAUGAAAGCAGUCGGUGGUCAAAAUUUGAUGAUGAUAGGGUAUCCAAUGUUCGAUGGGAGGAUGUUGCGGCUCAAUCAUUUGGAACAGGAUCCAGUAAGACGGCUUCAGCGUGCUUAUUGGUUUACGCCAAAAUGGACGGAGACUAUGACGAUAUGUCUGAUGACAUGAUGGUAAUUCGACGUAAUCCGCAAUCUACACCUGCUGUAUCGAUUAUGGAAGAACCUGUCAUUGAUGAUUUUGCUUUGGAUCCCAAUUUCGGCAUCGGAUGCCCUCCCAAGUGUGAUGUAGUGGGAAACGAAAAUGAUACCAUCUCCACGCACUCCUUGCCACGCUUCCAACGGUUCCGACGUCGGCGAUUUUUAGGAGGAUUCUUCAAGAAACGGAAACUGAUCCGUAAAACGGAGGCCAAAACUAUCGUGCCUUGGAGUGAUGCAAAAGUGCAAAAGUGA